AUGCGAGCCGUUUCAAAUAGUUUCUACUCAAUCGAAUAGCAAAGGUGAGAUGAGAAUUGAACAGAUAUGAAUUAUAUCACGUGCACAUUUCUCAUUUGGGUAAAUAUAUUAGGGAUACAAUGUCGAAAUGAAGUCUGUGAAAAAAACAGCCAAUGUACAACUGAAGGAGAAAUAUGUAGAAAUGGAAAAUGUGAUUGUGAUACUAUUUCGUACUACAAUGAAACCAGAUCGCAAUGUUUACCCUAUGUAACCGAAUACAUGGCCUACUGUCAAGAAUCUGAACAGUGCGUUUGGAUAGGAACAAAUUCAGAAUGUAAUAAAAAUCUGUGUGUUUGCGAAAAAAAUUAUAGAUGGAUCCAAGGAAAGUGUCAACGCUUCGUAAAUAAAGGGGAACCAUGCAAAUCAGAUUUGGAGUGCUACAACGGCUAUGAUAUGUUAUCGAUGAGAUGUUCCGAAGACAAUAUAUGUGUCUGUAAUUACAAUUACUAUGACAGAGGGGAUGACUGUAGACCAGAAUCUGAGUUGAAUGAUGAAGAUUGCGCUCUAGAUUUUGACUGCUCACGAAAUCCGUCUCAAAAUCGCCAUUGUGAUCUUGGAAGCUGUAAGCAAAAGCCACAGAAGACUGUAAAUAUACUCAAGUUUUUGCGAAAAAAUGAGAAACAUUCACCCUGGCAUGCUAGUGAUUUAAAAUGCUCAUUUGAUGACGAUUGUAAAGAUAUGGCUAACUCAGAAUGUGAUGUAUCAUUGGGGAUUUGCAGGUGUAAAAGUAACACAUAUUUGUUCGAGGGAAAUUGUUUACCAGGUUUGGGAGCCUGCGAUAGUACUGACUCUUGCUCUUAUGCGAACAGUAUGUGCUUUAAAGGAACUUGUGUCUGUUCACCUGGUUAUUUCAUUAAAGAUGGAAAGUGUCAUCCGGAACUCGGCAUGAUCGAUACUUCUCUGAAAAACGGAAGUGACUGUAUUAUCAAACCAGGAAAAUUAGUAGAUUCUGCUUGCUAUUGUAAAUCGUAUUGGUUCAACGAUAGAUCAAACAGAAACUGCAUCAAAACAACGCUACAGCAAACACGUUCAUGUUUGACCAGUGACUGGUGCAAUGCUAUGGGCGAAUACUCCAUUUGUAAUUCUACAACUAACACAUGUCAAUGCAGCAGCUUUGCAAAUCUGAACGAAACUUCAUUUUACUGCUCAAAUUUCACUGAUAUCCCUUCUGAUGAAGGUUUCUGUUUGAGGGAUUCAGAUUGUUCGCUUCAUGAACGGUGCACGGACGAGAAAUGUGAAUGCGUUGAAAAUUUUUCGAAACGUGGGGAAGCUUGCUUACCAGAUAUUGGUGGUUCAUGUGGCAUUACGGGUUGUUCACAUAUAGAGAAUUCAAAAUGUAGAGGAGGUGUUUGCUUAUGUAUCCCUAGUUAUAUUGGAACCAAAGACAAGUGCUUAAGAGGUGAGAAAAAUACAUAUUUUGAGGCUUCUUUUGAUUUUUAUGUAUUUAUCUAUUCAAGGCAUUGCUCAUUUUCACAAAAAAUCAACACAUUCAUACAUAUGUACUGUGAGUAUCAGAUGUAA